CGGGCGGACGGACCCGUCAUGGCGGCGGCGGCGUCCCGGGUCCUGGCGCUGACGCUGACGCUGAGCCUGGCAAGGGCGGCGGCGGCUUCGGCCGGCGGCGGAGGCGCCGCUUCCGGUCCCGGCGCUUCCGGGGCGGCGGGCGGCGGCGGGGGGCGUGGCCGUGGCCCGGGCCCGCUGCGCCGCCCGGUGCCUGGGGCUGCGGCUGCCGCGGGGGACGCCGGGAGCGGAGAGCUCCGGGUCCCUGGACGGGUGUCGGCGCGACGGGCCGUGCGCGCAGUGUCUGCGGCCGUGCCUGGAGCCCGGGGACCACGCCACCGACGCCGCGGGGACGACACGCCCGUGUCACGAGUUCUGCGAGGGCUCCGAGUGCCUGACGAGCUGCGAGUUCCUGGCGUCCGUGCGACGCGUGAAGCAGGGCGCGUGUCCCGCCCCGGCCCGGGCCCGGGGCUUCGCGGCGGCGUGCGUGGAGAGCUGCGAGGCCGACGGCGAGUGCGCGGGCGCCCGGAAGUGCUGCGGGAACGGCUGCGGGCACACGUGCCAGGCGCCCCGGGCGCGGCACCCGCGGUGAGCGGGCGUGUGUGGGGGCGUGUGCGCGGCCUCUGCGUGUCCGGGGCGUGGGCGCAAUCUGCGUGUGGGCGUGUCCCCGCGACACGGGUUGGCGGUGGGAGGGCCGGCGUUGGAGCCGUGGCGUGAGUUCCCGUGUGCGAGGCGUGUGUAUCACACACGCAUGUGCAUCCUACAGGCACGUGUGUGCGUGGGGCGUGUGCGCAGAGCACGUGCGCCUGGGUGUGGGGAGGUGGUGGUGGGCAC